AGCGAAGUCUCUGGUUGCAAGUGAUAACAUCAUAUCAUAACAAAUGAGUGAGAAAGAGAGGUUGUGUAAGAAGUGUGGAAAUUGUGUUCAAUUUUUUAUUUAAUUUUUUUAAAAAUUUGGGUGUGAAGCAUAGUCUAAACUAUUAUUUUCUCCGUUUAUCAGCACCAAAACGUUUGACAUGAGUGGAAAAUACACAUGUAUCACUUGUCGUGUUGCGUUUAGCAGUACGGAAAUACAACGAAUGCACUAUAAGACUGACUGGCAUCGAUAUAAUUUGAAAAGAAAAGUUGCAGAGUUGUCGCCUGUGACAGCUGAGGAAUUUCAGCGAAGAGUACUGCAGCAGAGGGAAGAAGAUAAUGAUUUAAAUAAGAAUUGUUCUUUUCAUUGCGAUUCUUGUAGAAAGCUUUUUAACACUAAGAAUGCUUAUGAAAAUCAUUUGAAUUCGAAAAAGCAUCAAGAAAGCGUACUAACUAAUAGUUUCAGCAGUCCAGGAACCCCAGAAAAGAAGAAACCUGAAAAUGAUGUGGAUUCAGAAGAUUCCGAGAUCGAAGAGGUUGAUUCAGACGAAUGGGACGACGACUCUGAAGAUAACCCAAUACUGAAUAAUAAUUGCUUAUUCUGUUCACAUCAUAGUAGAAACUUAAUGAAAAACUUGAAGCAUAUGUCUGUUGCACACUCGUUCUUUAUACCAGAUGCUGAAUACGUUGUCGAUUUGAAAGGUCUCCUAAUGUAUUUGGGUGAAAAGGUUACACAAGAUUUUAUGUGCCUUUGGUGCAAUGAUAGAGGCAGAACAUUUUAUUCUGCUGAAGCGGCAAAGCAACAUAUGCAAGACAAAGGCCAUUGUAAAAUGUUGCACGAGGGUGAAGCACUGACAGAAUACGCAGAUUUCUAUGACUACAGCUCAAGUUAUCCCGACCAAGAUAAAGAUCCAGAUGAAGAAGUGGAUAUCACAACAUUAGAUGAUUCUGAUUACCAGCUUGUUUUGCCUUCUGGGACAGUAAUAGGUCAUCGGUCUCUCUUGAGAUACUACAAGCAGAACUUGAAGCCGGAAAGUGCAGUUGUGACUCCUCACCAGAAGAAGCUUCACAGAGUUCUGGCACAGUAUAGAGCUCUAGGUUGGACAGAAACACAGCAGGAACUGGCUGCAAGGAAAGCGCGGGAUAUACAUUACAUGAAACGACUGCAAGCAAAGUACAGCACCAAACUGGGUAUGCAAAACAACAAGCUGCAGAAGCACUUCCGGCCACAAGUCAACUUCUGAGAUGUUGGGUGUCAGUUGAAUCACUGCUGGAAUGCCUUUAAUUUUUUGUGUAUGUCUAACUGAACAGUAAUUGAGCUGAGAUUGCUUUGAACUAGUGUGAGAAAGUUGUGGGUGCUGCAGUGUCAUCAGAUGUGAGAGUGGUUUUUUUGUCUGUACAGGGCCAUACUGUGCAUUUCAAACAACAGCACCCCCACAGAGUAUGUUUGAGACAGUGUUAAGUUUGCCAUUCAUGUGUGGUGUGACGAGUUGCAACCAGGGUUUAAAUAUAAGUAGUUUUUAUAUUUGGACAGUGUAAUUAUCAAGCAGUUAAAGUGUUUGCAACAUUCUUUCAGUUAGUACCCUGAAGAUGGGUUCUUAUAUUCUGAGCGGUACUCUGUCAUGUGUUACUUCUAAUUGUUCAUAGUAGUAUCAUUACGAUUAUGUUAAAUGUGUUCACUUCUAAUUCUUCAUAGUUGUUUCAUUACAAUUAUGUUAACUGUGUUCACUUUUACAUUACCUGAAUUGUUGCACCUCAGUUAAGUAGCUGUACGUGUAUAUAUGAAACUGAUGUAUAUCACAUAUUGUUUAUUUAUUGUGAGUGGAAAUGUAUGCUGAAAAACAACCCCCCAAUCUGUAGACAAGGUGCUGAGCAGUAGGGAGAUCAUGGGGAGGUGGGAGGGGGGGGGGGGGGACUUGCGUUCAGUAAUUAGGUUACAGUGUUUCUCUUGUUUAGAUCCUUAUGUACUGCUUGUUGCAUGAGUUGAAUGGCUAUAUUUUUUCCAUAUUUGUCGAACAUGUGUUAUUCAAAUAUCAACCAAUUGUAGGUUGUAUUUUUUUUGGGGGGGCUAUUGUUAUUCUGAAUUGUGAAAUCUUCAAUUUUGGAUUAAUUAGCACAUUGGUUUUGAUGCUUCUCAUAUUGUUAAUACUAAUAUGUGAGUCUGCAAUGUUUAUAAGUUAAGCAUUUCACAAACUACUGCAUUCCUGGUAUGGGUGUGUACUUAAUCUGUUUAUAGUGUGUGUGUUGCUGAGCUGUGUGCAACACAUGUUAGGAGGUGGUAAAUAUUUUGAAAGUUUUUGUAUGUGUAAAAUUCAUUCCUGCUAUUGUAUACUUGGUACAUGAGACACAAUGUGUUCCUGAUAUUAUGGUUUCAUUCACCAAAUACAGGAUUGAUGAUGGUGCUGAUUGUCACAUGGAUGUCGUAAUAAAGAUGCAGAAUUAUUUUUGAA